AAGCUGAGCCUCCUGGUUCCCGUAGGUCGAAGACCCUCCCCACCCUGAAGCUUGCGCUCCGACCCUCCCACGGAGUUUAUAUAAAGCUAGCUCAACCGACUGUGUCUCCUGGCUAAGUCUUUCCCCCCUUUCUCUUGUUGAUGGUGAGGUUCUGUGAAAGAAGGAUGAAGUUCUUCGUCGCUGUCACCGUCAUUGUGGGAUCACUGCUGUUUCUCGGUUUCCCUAAUGGCUCUUCGGCUGACGAGAAGAAGAAAGGCCCCAAAGUAACUGCAAAGGUUUACUUUGACAUCAGAAUCGGAGACGAAGAUGUGGGAACUGUCGUCAUCGGCGUCUUUGGCAAAACUGUUCCCAAAACUGUCGACAACUUUGUCGCCCUGGCAACAGGAGAGAAAGGAUUCGGUUACAAGGGCAGCAAGUUCCACAGAGUCAUCAAGCAGUUUAUGAUCCAGGGCGGAGACUUCACCAGAGGAGACGGCACUGGAGGCAAGAGCAUCUAUGGAGACCGUUUCCCUGACGAGAACUUCAAGCUGAAGCACUACGGCCCCGGCUGGCUCAGCAUGGCCAACGCCGGCAAAGACACAAACGGCUCCCAGUUCUUCAUCACCACAGUCCAGACGCCGUGGUUGGACAGCAAACACGUAGUCUUCGGGAAAGUUCUGGAAGGCAUGGAUGUCGUCACGAAAAUCGAGAACACAAAGACAGACGGUCGCGACAAACCUCUCAAAGACGUCACCAUCCACGACUGCGGCAAGAUCGAGGUGGAGAAGCCAUUUGCAGUCGCCAAGGAGUAGAGCGCAACUCGUUAAAACGGGCGGGUUGGGGUUGAGGGGGGGUGUGGGGGGACGGAUGGACCGGGGUUGUGAUGUCGGGCCACUUUUUUAUUUUUAUUUAAUUUUUUUUUGUCAGUAAAAACGCUGCAGUCUGGAGGGAAAGAGAGAGCACAUUAUGUUUGGUUGGCUGCCAUCUUAAUGCACCAGAACAACGUUAAUGCAGUCAUGAGUCUGGGUCCACUUUACCAACAAGCAUUCCAAGGUGCACUUAACUGAUCAUUGUUGGGCUAUUUUGUAAAAAAAACCAAAAUGAAAUGAAAAUGACGGGAAAUAAAGGUUCCAUGUUUUGGUAAAUCACUGUAAGCUUUAUGUUUGAAUACAAAUACCUUCUAUUAGUUUAUAAAAUCACCCUGUACACUGUAGUUACUGUUAGCUGCCACAAGGUUAGUGUACGUCUUUUGUGGGGCUACUGGCUGUGUGGAUAGAGUAGUCGUCUUGUGAUUGGAAGGUUGUAAGUUUGAUUCCAACUUCCUCCUGCCAUAUGUCGAGGCAAGGCACUUAACCCUAUAUUGUAUAAAUGUGUGUGAUUGAAUUGACUAUAAAGCGCGGAGUGGUCAAAAUGAUUGGAA